ACUUCUGGUAUCAGCAAGCCGAAUGGCAAACCAUGUUGGUACCCGUAAGAGAAUAGGUUCAACGGGGGAGAAGCGACCAUCAUACCAAUGGCCAAUCCAAUUCACCAUGCCACGGCCAUUGUCAUGAUUUGGGUUGCACGACGACUGCGACGUAAGCACACAGCAAUGGAUGCUGCUCAAGUCUGACUAACUUUCUUCUGGUUCUGUAUCCGUACCUCCGCGUCGACGACUACUCAGCCCUCUCGCCCGACACUGCCUGGCUGGACCCGCUGCUGACAUGGCUUCAGGCCUUUCUCGAUUAGGCAAUUGAAGGUGCCCAUGUCCUCCGUCCGCGAUCCGUACUGUUGACUGCCUUGGAAGGGUGGCAUCAUCGUAGAGCAGCUCUCUUCCUCAAACGGUUAUUGGCAUGGUGGCGGCUCUGCAUUUCAUCGUUGCUUCAGCAUCCUAGGCUGGGCUAUCAUGGGGUUGCGGCAGGGCGAUGGCUAAAGGACUUUUGCAAGUGGGCAUCCGAGGUGCCAGGCAGACUGGAGAGACACGAGACAGGGAAUGGAUAAGAAAGCAUCAUUGUUUUUGAUGUCUCGAGGUUAAUUCGGAAAAAAAGGUAUAUAUAUCGUAGAUUCGAUCGUGGUCCAGCGUCUGACGUUCCUAGCCUCUAUCACCAUUUACUUCAUCACUAGUACCCGUUCUUGUGUCGCAACCACAACAACCGUGUGGCAUCACACUCUUCCACUACCUCACAACGUAGUUCUCAUCCGGUCAAUCAGAUGGCUCGCCUCUCGAUUUUCUUACACGCCGGCCUGCUGAUCCAAGUUGGCCUCGCAGCAACCAGUCCAGGUGGGAACCGAAUCAACUGGGGGCCAUGUCCCGACUUCAACAGCACUGAGCCCAUCCAAUGCGCCAACCUCUCGGUGCCGCUUGACUAUACUCAGCCCGAGUCGAAUAAAACGCUCCAGCUACAGCUUCUUCGGAUCCCUGCCCUUCGCCAACCGUCCAAGGGUAGCAUUCUAUUCAACUUUGGCGGGCCAAGUGUUGCUGGCCGGCCGGCUUUGGCUACGUCGGGUAGCCUUUUCCGAAACUCGACCAGCGAAUAUCACGAUCUCGUCACCUUCGACCCGCGUGGUACUGGCAACACGCUACCCAUCUCGUGCUUUGAAGAUGAACAGGAAAGAAUCUCCUACAUCCUCAAGAACCCCAAGGCAUGGGGCUCCCUGAUCCCUCCCAACUUCUGGGCAAAGUCGUCGGACAACACGCCCGCCAGGCUGUGGGCAUAUGCUAAGCUCUACGUCGACAAGUGCUACGAGCGCAACAAGGAGGUCGGCGGCUUCGUGGGUACUGCGUUCGUUGCGAGGGACAUGAUGCAGAUCGUCGACGCCCUUGGCGAGGACGGCUUAUUGCGAUAUUGGGGUAGGAGAAUUCCCCGAUUUCUUUGGAUCCUUUGGCAUUGGGGUUCUGAUACUGACUUCGUCCUCCCAGGCGGCUCGUACGGCACCCUUCUGGGACAAACGGCCGCGGCCAUGUUUCCCGAGAGAAUCGACAAGAUGGUGCUCGACGGAAAUCUCAACCCCCACGAAUACUACCACGGCCACGACGACGAGCAGUGGACGGACUCGGACAAAGCCUUCAGCGCCGUCUUCCAGUCCUGCGUCGCAAACCCGUCCACCUGCCGCCUCGCCCAACGAUACCAGAACAAGACGGCAAGCCAGCUCGAAGAAACCAUCUACACCCUCAUAGACGACCUCAACGACCGCCCCGUCCCCUUCAACGGCACUCUUAUCGAUUAUGGCUUCGUCAAAAGCGGCGUCAUGACGGCGCUCUACAGCCCGGAUCUCUGGGUCCUCCUCGACGUCGGCUUCGAUGCCCUCAUCUCCCGGGACCUGGCCCGCUUCACGCAGAUUUGGGCCGUGCUGGCUGCGACGUACGACUCCAUAGGCGCCGCCGUCGAUGCGCAGGCGGGUAUCCGGUGCGGGGACAAGAUCGUCCGCGUCGAGUCUCUAGACGAGUUCCUGCCCAUCAUGGAGCGGCAGUUUGGCAUCAGCAGGAUCUUUGGCGACGUGCAAACGGCGAUGGAGAUGGUCUGCGCCCAGUGGCGGCUCCCCGCCAAGGAGCAGUACGCCGGCGACUUCCGCGUCAAGACGAGGCGUCCUAUCCUGUUCAUCGGGAACACAGCUGACGCGUUUACGCCGUUGGCCUCGGCACGGAACGCCAGCGCCGGGUUCGAGGGGAGCGUUGUCCUCCAGACGAACGGCUACGGUCAUUCUUCCACCGGAACGUCGUCUUGCGCGGACUUGGUGACGGAGGCUUACUACGUGAACGGGACCUUGCCCGAGAACGGCACGUUCUGCGAACUAGACAACCCUGUCUUGCCUGAGGGUGCCACCAAGAAGUAGAGGGCAAAGCGCUCGCUUAGACGCGUAUGAACCACGUCUCUCUCUCUCCUCGUAGAUGAAGAUUGUCACAAGGAAGGGAGUCCAAGGAUGCUAUUUGAUGGACUGAUUUUCCGCUUGGGUGGUCUGGGGUAUGGAAUGGAGAUCGAGUGUCAUUCAU